UGAAGUACAGUAAGUCUACUGCUAUUUUCCUUCUUCCUAACUAGUGUACAAGAAGACGUACCCAGUGCAGAAGAAAUGAAAUUUAUUCUUGGACUUCUGUUUUGGAGCUUUCACUGUCAUCAUUUGAGUUCUGGAAAAAGUGCUGAGUUUGAUUGAGUUUCGAUUCGAAAUGCUCUAGCAAUAUAAUUUAUGGAAAAACUCGCCGUCGUUCCUGCUUCGGUGACUUCAGUCUUGUCAAGAAAAUCUCCCUUCAAGAUUUUCAAGAAGAUAGUUGUGCAGAUACCAUACAAUUAUGAACAAUCGCUGCUAAUCGCUUUAUUGGAGAAACAGAGAUCAUUAAUGGCAAAUCUACGCUAACAUGCAACAGAUGAAAAGCUCAUCGAUUGAAAACUAUAACGUGGACUAUUAAUGGCAAAAAUGGGUUAAACAGAUACAUAUUAUUUCGGAAGACCCAUUGGCUAAAAUAAUGCAUUCGAGAGAUUUCUCAACUGAAACGGAAGAAAAUAAGUUUAGUGAAAAUGAACCAGGAAGAGUUUCAGCUCGAGUCUCCCAAGAAAACUGCUGUCACUAAGUUGCAGGAAAAAUUACAGGGAUUCAGGCGAACCCGCUCAUUAAAUGCUCCAAGUCCUAUACAACAGUUUGGGCCAUGUGGACGUAUAAUGAAAAAUUCCGCAAUGGUAAUGACAAUUCAAGAUCCAGCUAGUCAACGGUUGACAUGGUAUAAACCACCAUUAACUGUUUUAGUAGUGAAGAAGGUCAGGGAUUCGAAUGUUUUACAACCAUUCGUGGAUUUGGUGCAAUGGUUAAUCAAAGAAAAACGUAUGGUGGUUUUUGUCGAAGAAUCUAUCAUGGAUGAUGUACUUCUUGUGGAGAAUAGCGAAUUUCUCACUAUUAAGGAUAAAUUAAUGUAUUUCAAAGAUGGAAAAGAUGAUCUCACUGAUAAAAUCGAUUUCAUCAUUUGCUUGGGUGGUGAUGGAACUCUGUUAUACGCCAGUUUAUUAUUUCAACAAUCGGUGCCUCCAAUAAUGGCAUUCCACUUAGGUUCCUUAGGCUUUUUGACGCCGUUUAAAUUUGAAAAUUUCCAAGAACAAGUUACAAAUGUAUUAGAAGGACACGCUGCUCUGACAUUAAGAAGUCGUCUGAAAUGUAUUGUGAUGAGAAAAAAUGACAACCCUGAAAAGGACACGGAGGGACCUAUCAAUAUAUUGGUAUUAAACGAAGUGGUAAUCGACAGAGGCCCAUCACCUUAUCUCUCCAACAUCGACUUGUUUUUAGAUGGUAAACCAAUUACAUCGGUGCAAGGAGAUGGAUUGAUCGUUUCAACUCCAACAGGCAGUACAGCAUAUGCAGUAGCUGCGGGAGCAUCAAUGAUCCAUCCUAGUGUACCAGCCAUCAUGGUUACGCCGAUUUGUCCACAUUCAUUAUCAUUUAGACCGAUCGUAGUUCCUGCCGGAGUCGAACUUAAGAUUUGUGUAUCGCCGGAUAGUCGUAACACUACUUGGGUUUCGUUCGAUGGACGUAAUCGUCAAGAGUUAUUCCACGGUGAUAGCCUCAGAGUAACAACGAGUGUCUAUCCAGUACCUUCGAUUUGCGCCGAAGAUCAGAUUUCAGACUGGUUCGACUCGUUGGCCGAAUGCUUGCAUUGGAACGUUCGAAAGCGACAGAAGCAAUUCGACGAGCUUUCAGAUCUGACUUAUUCCAGUUCGAACGAUACCUUGGAUUCAUUAGAUCAAACUGAUGGGCAUUUGUAAAAUAAAAAUAAAAGUACCACGCACGUUAUUUGGUGGGUUUUCGCGUUCGUUGAAAAAUUACGAACUAUAAAUAUGUAAAUGGAGUCUGUAUUACUCUGUAACCGCAGGAGUUUUCGAUUUCGAAGGGAUUGCAUUAGAAAUUGGUUCACCAUGAAAAGUCAAAUGUGCAUAUGUAAUUAUGUCAUAAUGCAGAAUGCACUUCAAGUUGUAAUUUUCUCGUUUUAAAAAGAACCACUUCAGAUGUAUGUCUUUGUCUAUGUACCUAAUAAAAAAAUCUAAUUUGUGGUUAUGCUUAGGUGUGUAACGUAACUGUUCUAAUUUUUUUCUACGUUUGUGAUUUUACGAAGCGUAAAAAUGGGUAUUGCAAUGUUCAUAAUUUUAAUAAUUGUACAUAAUUCGCAAAAAGUUUGAUAUUAUAUCUUGUUGUGCAAUGAAAUUGUGGUUUUAUUUUGUGCUGAUAUACGUCAUUGUAUAGUUUGGGAAAUAAAUAAUGAUGAAGAUGAA